GUCGCAGCCCAGCAUGCAGGAGAAUGCAGACAGGAGGGGUGGAGUUCCCAGCGCUUACUUUUCCAGCGCUCCUCUGGCUGAAGAGCUCAGUCUUUGCCUGGGAAACAGCGGAGUUGGCGCUGAUGCGUCCUGGCAUGUGAUCCCACCUCAGUCAGAUCAGUCUCCUCGGCGCUGCAGCUUCCCCACAUGUAACUUUCCAUGCAGUUGUUGCCCGUCCAAUGGACAGCACCUAGGAGCUUCGCCUGGACCGUAUCCGCUCCUGCUCGCCCGUGCGCCGCGCCGCGCCGAACCUCUCCACCGCCGGGCUCUCCAGGUUCAGAGGGACUCGCUCGGGUCGGGGGUUGCUGUUGGCCCGGGUCUCCCGCACACAUGGAGGGGGACGUUAUGGACAAAGUGGAGGCCACGGCGACGGUCCAUGACUUCGACCCCAUCAGUGGGAGCAUCCCGGCCACCAAAGUGGAGAUCACCGUGUCCUGCAGGAACCUCUUGGACCGAGACACUUUCACCAAGUCCGACCCAUUGGUUGUGUUGUACACCCAGGGCGUGGAGACCAAGCAGUGGAGGGAGUUUGGCAGAACGGAGGUGAUAGACAACACCCUCAACCCGGACUUUGUCAGGAAGUACAUCCUGGACUACUUCUUUGAGGAGAAGCAGAACCUGCGCUUUGAUGUGUACGAUAUUGACUCUAAAAGUCCAGAUCUGGCGAAGCAUCCGACCGACUUUAACGACUUCCUGGGACAGGUGCACUGUACACUGGGAGAGAUUGUGGGCUCACCUGCCAGUCGCCUGGAGAAGCCUCUGGGUGGCAUACCGGGGAAGAAAUGUGGGACCAUUGUCUUGUCGGCCGAGGAGCUGGGAAACUGCAGAGAUUACUCCACCAUGCAAUUCUGUGCCAACAAACUGGAUAAAAAGGACUUCUUUGGAAAAUCGGACCCCUUCAUGGUCUUCUACAGAAGCAACGAGGACGGCACGUUCACCAUCUGCCACAAGACCGAGGUGAUGAAGAACACGCUGAACCCUGUGUGGCAGCCCUUCUCCAUCCCCGUCAGAGCGCUCUGCAAUGGAGACUACAACAGGACGAUCAAAGUGGAAGUGUAUGACUGGGACAGAGAUGGGAGCCACGACUUCAUCGGUGAAUUAACCACCAGCUACAAAGAGCUGUGUCGAGGUCAGAGCCAGUUAAAUGUCUAUGAGGUGAUGAAUGCCAAGAAGAAAAUAAAGAAAAAGAGAUACAUCAACUCUGGGACGGUGUCCUUGUUGUCGUUCAGCGUGGAGUCGGAGCACACCUUCCUGGAUUACAUUAAAGGAGGGACUCAGAUUCACUUCACAGUGGCCAUUGAUUUCACUGCAUCAAAUGGAAAUCCAUCCCAGUCCACUUCCCUGCACUACAUGAACCCAUACCAGAUGAAUGCCUAUGCCAUGGCCCUGAAGGCCGUGGGAGAGAUCAUCCAGGACUAUGACAGUGAUAAGAUGUUCCCCGCCUUGGGAUUCGGUGCUAAGCUGCCCCCCGAUGGGAGGGUCUCCCACGAGUUCCCUCUGAACGGCAACAUAGAGAACCCAUACUGUAACGGCAUGGAGGGGAUUCUUGACGCUUACCACCAAAGCCUUAAGACGGUUCAGCUGUACGGACCCACCAACUUCGCCCCCGUUGUCAAUCAUGUGGCCAGCUACGCAGCAGCAGUUCAAGAUGGAUCUCAGUACUUUGUUCUGCUCAUCAUCACUGACGGCGUCAUAUCAGACAUGGCGCAGACCAAGGAGGCCAUAGUGAAUGCAGCUAAACUCCCCAUGUCUAUCAUCAUUGUCGGAGUCGGUCAAGCGGAGUUUGAUGCCAUGGUGGAGCUGGACGGUGACGACAUCAGGAUCUCCUCACGAGGGAAGUUAGCAGAAAGAGACAUUGUACAGUUUGUCCCGUUCAGAGACUACAUGGACCGCACAGGCAACCAUGUGCUGAGCAUGGCGAGGUUGGCUAAAGACGUGCUGGCUGAGAUCCCCGACCAGCUCAUCUCCUACAUGAAGAGCAGAGGCAUCAAACCCAACACCGUCCCACCAGUUUACCCCCCCGACGACAACUCCCAGACAAACCCUGUCUGAGCCCCCCCCACACACACACACUUUACAGUAGUGUAGCUGGGGUAGGGUGUGAUCGGGAUCGAUUGGAACCCGCCUCCAACAACAACCGUCCUUUUAAGGGGGAAGAUGGAAAUGCUUUCCGAGGCCCUUUCGUAGAUAUUGAAACAGCUAAACAAAAAACGCGAUGAGACUCCAUUUUGAUCUGGAGCAAUGAGAGUGUUCUGGGGGGAGCCGGCUGAUGAUUGGGGAGGUUUCGCUCCUCUCUCAGUGCUUGAGGAUGAGAGCGCUGAGGGGAGCCCGGUGGAAAAAAAGGAGGUUUUAGUCGUUUGCUGUCAAACCUGUCAAAGUGGUGAUGUAAUGGAUAGCAAGUAAACCCGUAGAGAGGGCCUGUUUGAAGGCAUAAAUAUAUUAGAAUGUGCCAGUGUGUAUCAUGUUUGUGAUACCUUUUGGAGUUGAUGUGUGUGAAACUAGGAGAUUGUGUGUGUACUAAUGAAUUUAUUUAUUUAUUUAUUUAUUGCAGAAAUAAUUUAUUCCUUUGGGGGUUUGAAGGGCGGGCAUUAGAGUCGUAUUUCCCUCGUCGUUUUCCAUCAAAAAAACCCAACCCAUUUCUACUUUGAUAAAGACUGUAAUAUAAAAGCAUGAGAUGAAACCUAUUCAGCAGUUUAUGGACCAUUUUCACUGAUGGAUGAUUUUUGAUUGCAAGCUGUAAUGUAGAGGACCCGCUGUGAGCUGCUGCCACACUAAUUUCCCAGCGCCAUGUCUUAUAUGUAUUUCUAAUGUUUAUACAAACAGAAUGCACUAGUUACUGUCCAAAUGAAAAGCACAAAGGUUGUAAUGGUAAUAAGCUGAUAAAACCACUAUUUUAGCAGCUACCACAAUGAAAAUAAUGGAAAGGACCCCACGUUGAGUUUUCAAUGCAGCUUUCACAUAGUCUUCCACUAUCAUUUUAACGCAUUUUAAAGUAUAUUCAUAAUAACACUAUUAUACAGAUGUAUUUAGAUGAACUCAUAUUUAUCCCAGAAAAGUAUUUUUACAGAAAAUUUGAUGCAUAAUUCAGAGCACUCACUUUCUCUCCUUGUUAGUGUGCACAGUCUUAAAUUACACAGCUUAAGUCAUGCUGCCCGAUCUCAUUUGUUACAUCUCUAUUUGUGUUUCUUUCCAUUAUAUUUGUUGUGGUUUAUUGUCUGGGAUUUUGCUCGGCAUUUUCAAAAGACCCCACAAACAAACUUUUGAAAGACUGAUAUCAACUAAUACCCACUUUCCUCCCCCGUUAAACUGGUUUGUUUAGCCAGAAUGAAAACUGAUCAAUCACAUAUCUCGCCACAAAGUUUGAGAUAUUCGGGCGUUGAAUGUUUUUUUUAAUUGGAUCUAAAGUGAUUGCACAAAAACAAGAACAGUCACGAGUCCAUCUUUUGUGAUUCAGUCGGCGUCUCACGUUUUCGAAUUAACUUUGAAUGUUCCCAGAUAAUAUUCUUUUACACUAAUGCUCACAAGCCCAUUUAAUAGCAAAACACUGGGAUACCAUUUCAAUACCUACGACACAAUGUCACUGUUUUAUUUUACGACUUAAUUCAAGUCGAUAUUUUUACGUUUGUUCACUGAAUUUCUUUUAACUGACUGUACCUAAAUAUUUUCAAGACAGUUACAUCCAUUGUGUACGUGUCUGUUAUCUCUAAUGGCCAUUAUAUUCACUAAUAUCUGUCACUCAAUAACUCGAUCCAAAUGUGCCUAUUAUAUGGAAACAUAUCCAAAUUCACUGACCCAGGUGUUAUUCUGCCGGCAGCAGCAGGUCUCAUGUUCAAGAUGUGCACACAGAAAAUGUCAGCGACAAUAAAACUGUUGCGAAAUUAAGACGAUUACAGCCUCAGUGACUGACACACACUGUCUCCACCAGUGUCGUGGGCUUUUUGUAUUUACAGCUCUUCGCUAAUGAUCUUUGAAGUGAUGAAAAUUAACAGUGUCGCUGAGCCUUGUACAAUAUUCAAAGUCAAGACUUGUUUACAAUUGAACUGUGGCUAUUUACAUUGCCUCGAGGAGAAAGUAAACAUUCAUGGAAAGAAACGAGUUUAUUUUUGAUUCGUUGGGUUUAUUCCGUUUUUACAGACCUAUAAAGAGUUUUCUUGAAUGAUGCUGGAGAACUAAGGUUUACAAAGAUUUGUUCUCUGAGAACGUGGAGCUCUUACAUAUACGUUUUUCUCACUGCUGUUGUACUUUUGUGUUUAUGUAAUUCAUGUUGCUUUAUGAGCUUCGUGAGCCAUUUCACAUCCUCUGACUGCUUUACACUCCGGUGGCAGUGAACUUCUCUGUCACAGGCCCGGCUCCAUAUUUCUUCCUUUUUAAUUGUUUUUAAUUUUUUAUUACUGAUGACAUUUCCCCCCUCAAAAGACAAAGCAGCGUUUAAUCUGCUGCCAAAUGAGGCCGUUAAGUUUCGUGACACGACACUCAUAAAUACCAGUAUACCUCUAUGGAAAGCCAUUCAAGCCAAAAAUAAAUAAUUAUUAUACUUUUAAUAUGUUUGUAAUUAAAUAUAGUUAAAUAAUUAUUAUGAAUUAUACGAGCUUAAAUAUCAUUCAAAUAUAUAUAUGUGAUGUAUGUACUUCGCAAAAUUCUACUUUUCAAAGUGAUUUUAAUUAUUUUCACUUUUUGUUUUGUUUCAAGACAAUUAUAAGGUAUUCAUUACUCAGAAAAACCUGUUAAAGUUUAUCAUUCGGCAGGCGUGAUGCCCUUUAAGUCCGAGUCAGCGUGCAGCUCAUAAACUGAGUGAGAUUGCAAAUGACUGUGAGAAAAGAGGAAAUGAAACAUA